AUGGUACUGAGAGCCAGUGAUGUCUGCAGCUCCUUGUUCCAGGAAGAGGACAAGUGUCCUGGUGAAUGGGAACUUAGGAGACCUUCUGGAUUGAGGAAGGAUCAGGAUCUCCCUCUUGUAUCCAUUUUAUUCAUUCCACGGUUCCCCGAAGAAGAAGACUCUGCCUUCUGGAAUGGAAUCCCUGUAUCACCACUAGGGAGAGGCAAAGGCUUGCAGAAGCCCCAACUCCCGUUUAGACAGCGUGCAGCCCGGGGCUCCAGUAGGGUGGGACCCGCCGCGAGGGGCAAUGGCAGGGGAGGUCUGGCCCUGCUGCGUUCCGGCUUCGGAGAGCACAUUCCCGUCCUGCUCCGAGUCUCCUCUUUGCCCGCCUGGUUCGCGGUGUUGAUUAACUGGUGUGCGGGCUUUCGUGACGCGAAGCUUCAAGUGCUGCGGGGGGAAGGGGGGGCCGAGAAGCAAAAAAGGAGUCCCCCCCGACUCUGGGCACCCAGGCGUGUAAACGUGGGCGGCGGUGAGCCGCUGUCCUCCCCUCCCCUCUCCUCCCUCCCUCACGGCGCUCCCGUGUGCGGGUGUGCGGCGGCGGCGGCGGCCAGCGCUGCCGUCACCUAUGAGACGUGCUGGGGCUACUACGACGUGAGCGGCCAGUACGACAAGGAGUUCGAGUGCAACAACAGCGAGAGCGGCUACCUGUACUGCUGCGGCACCUGCUACUACCGCUUCUGCUGCAAGAAGCGCCACGAGAAGCUGGACCAGCGCCAGUGCACCAACUACCAGAGCCCCGUGUGGGUGCAGACGCCCAGCACCAAGGUGGUGUCUCCGGGGCCCGAGAACAAGUACGAUCCGGAGAAGGACAAGACCAACUUCACCGUCUACAUCACCUGCGGGGUGAUCGCCUUCGUCAUCGUGGCCGGCGUCUUCGCCAAGGUCUCCUAUGAUAAGGCCCACCGCCCUCCACGGGAGAUGAACAUCCACAGGGCUCUGGCUGACAUCUUGAGACAACAGGGACCAAUCCCCAUAGCACACUGUGAAAGAGAAACUAUCUCGGCUAUCGAUACCUCUCCCAAAGAGAAUACGCCGGUCAGAUCGUCCUCCAAAAACCACUACACCCCUGUGCGUACAGCCAAGCAGACUCCAGGGCAUUAUGGGAAGGAUGCUUACCGAAGUGGAGGACCAGAUCUCCAUAACUUCAUCUCAUCUGGAUUUGUCACAUUAGGAAGAGGACACACGAAGGGUACAGUGGAAACAAUUUUUUACUAAAAUACAGAGGUUGCCUAGGGAACCCCGAUCUGAAAUAUGAAGAUGGUGUGGAGGCCAGAGGCUUGUCUGGGACAGGAAUAAUUGGGGUGGUUCCAUGGCAUCUUGUCCUGGUAACAUGCAUGACUUCUGACAGUAGUGACCAAGAGGUCACAGGUGUGACUUUAUAGGGCAGUAGACUUCCAAGAGACAUCCAUUCCACUCCACCUGUGGCAGGAAGCAAGACACAGAUGCCGGUGGCUCCCUGUAAGAGGGGACCACAGGGAUCACGGUGGGAAACACUGCCAAUAGAUGUGGCAGCAUUUACAAAGUGUUUGUUCUCCUCUUGGCUAUUAUUCCUUUUCCUUUUGAAAAUCACAUUUUCUAAACGGAUGUCAAUGUUCUGUACUGUGGGUUUCUAAACCAGCGUGCAUGUGGAGAGUUUCAUCGUUCUAAGUGUGUCUCUGUAAACACUCUGUGAUGUGGACACAAAGGUAGAGGUUAUGCAGACCUUCAAGCCACAAGAAAAAAGCUAAUCUAGAGUUUCUACUGAGCUGCUUUACGUCCUAGCUGACAGCUGGCAGAGCAUCUGUGCAGGGAGUAUGGACUCCUCCUCAAUUCUGUCUUUUGUUUAAACAGAGUCCUACUAGUGUUGUGAGCAUUCUGUCACAUCAAGAGUAACUGGUUCCCCAACUCCUUUGAUUACCUCCUAACACCUGUGUGCUGUUAUAGACCAAAUGUGAAUUCUGUUGUAGGGAUAGUAUAUCCCUGUCUUCCUCUGAGAUAUGUGCCUGUUUCAAGUGUGAGUAAACAAGGAACUUUGCAAUAUUUUCUUAACGUUUCAUGCAUCUACUUUUUAAAUUCCCUAUGUGAUGUUUGUUCAUCGUAUAGAGAAAAAAAAUCUGUAUAUGUGUAUGUAUUUUCUGUUGUGUCUAUUUGUGUCUCAAUAAAGUUUAUUGAGGAUA